AUGGUCGCCGCCCUCGCGGAUGGUCGCCACAUGGAGGUCACCGUAACAGUCAUGCUCAGGAGCGAUGGCACGGCUGUGGGCCGCGGCCAGAGAGACGACGGCCGAAGCAAGGUUCGCGGCUUUGGUCGCGGGCUUUCUCUUUUCAUCUUUCUCUCUCUCUCUCUCUCUCCCUCGCCCUCCCUUCUCUCGCGCAAGGCUGCCGCUGGAGGAGCGGCAGCACGGUCCUUCUCAGGAGUGACGGCAGCGCCGCGGCCUGCGGCCAGAGCGCCCCUCACUGGCGUCGCGCCUUAUUCGCGGCCUCGCAUCUGGAGGUGA